AUGGCAGUGAUUCAAAUUGAAAAUUGCAUUUUCAUAAACCAGAAGAAGUAUGCAUUGACGUUGUUGAGCAAGUUUGGUUUGAAACAAAGUAAGCUAGUUAGUACUCCUCUUGUGGCAAGUGAGCAGUUGUGCAAGGAUGAUGGAAGUGAUCCAGUAGAUGAGAAUGAAUACAGGCAGAUUGUGGGUAGUUUGUUGUACUUGACAGCUACAAGACCUGACAUAAUGUUUGCAGCUAGCUUAUUAGCUAGGUUCAUGCAUUGUUCAACAAAGAAACUCUAUGGAACAGUGCUAAGAGGUGAUUGGAGUGGAAGCCAAGAUGACAUGAGAAGUACCUUUGGCUAUGCUUUCUCUUUUGGUAGUGGUGUGUUUUCUUGGGCAUUAGUUAAGCAACACAGUGUUGCUCUCUCCACAACUGAAGCUGAGUAUGUCAGUGCAAGUGAAGUCACUACACAGUUUAUAUGGUUGAGGUUUAUGCUAGAGGAAUUUGGAGAAUUACAGACUGAUAUAACUCCAUUAAUGGUGGAUAAUACUUUUGCUAUUGCAAUGACAAGAAAUCCAGUUUUUCAUCAAAAGAAAAGCAUAUCAAUCGCAUAUAUCAUUUCAUUCGAGAUGCUUUACAAGAUGGUGUAG